AAACAACUUGUACUUGAAGUAAGCAGGAAUUAACCGAAUUUCAUCCGUUUUGUUCACAUUCUGUGCCUGUCUUUCUGUCACAUUCUGUCAGAUUUUAUGGACAGUCUGAUGAAGGCUACAGAUGCAAGCAAACAGUAACGGUUUAUCUGCAGAAAAUGCAUGUCUGGAUUCGUAAGUAAAGCAGCAUUUCAGGAUCAAAUCCAACUUUGAGCAUGCGUCGUACACUUUGCUCAGUGUGGCCAAAUGAGGCUCAGAGGAGAGAGGAGAGGAGAGCUGAAGCCAGGCUGGCUCAUGGGAUACAACGGCUCGAUGAGGCCAAACGUUACCAUCUGAACACACUGACCCGAGAACAACAAGCACUACAUCGCCAUCUUAUUGCCCUUAAAACAGGUAACCGAUGGAGAGGAUUAAACACUGCGGUAUCACGACCCUCCAAUCAUCUCAGCAACCCUGCAGUGUCCUAUAACAAGACUCGAUUACCCAUAAUCCCACCUGCAGACAGGGAGACAAACAGGCAUAGGUCUGGAAAGCUGGAGUCCAUUUGCUCCCUGCAGGCUCGUGUUCAGGACUUUCUCAGCAGUGGUGAAAACAGGGCUGAUAACACUUCAGUGCCUGUGUGUCUGCCAGACCUCAAACCACAGCCCUCAAACAUGCUUCCUCCAGCUUCUCCAACCAGAGAGAACAAGGAGGGAGAUAGGGAUGGACAGAAUAAGAAACACAGGGCUAUAGAGAGGGAGGGACGGAAGUCAACACUGGAAACACACGGAUUUAGUUCAAAGGACGGUCAAAGAGAAUAUGAUCAGAUAGUAGCAAGAUAUACAGAUAAAGAAGAGGAGAUGAAUGUAGCAAUACCCUACUCUACUCCUCUUUCUUCCCUCUCUGACACACACGCACCUGACGGCCAGCUGAGGAUGGUUCACACACUGCCUAAUUUUGUGCAAGCAAUGGCAGAGGCACGCAAAGCCAGAUACAUACGUCACAGAGGACAGCCUUUGUGCGACAGAGAGCUGAGCAUCAGAGAGAUAUUCGCAAGUAACUCCAGAGACACAAACAGCACUCACUAAUGUUCUAGUGCCACUGCUCUGCUUCACACUCCUAUAUACUUGAGGUCUGUGAGCACACACACACUUUUAUUCUACACAAGCUGCAUUUUCAAUAAAAAUAUAUUUUUAUUGAUACCUAAACA